ACAGUGUAAUGAACAGAAUCUGCUGUUUGUCAAUAACUGGAAUCUGUUCUGGGAGCGUCCUAGGUUGUUUUGUCCUGAUGGCCUGCACCCCAGCAGCCUCGGAGCGGAACUGCUGUCUGACAACAUCUCCAAGACGCUACACACCAAGUGACUGUCUACCGUACGACUUCAUCGUGAGUCACAAAGUGCGCUUCAGCAGCGUGGCCCCCACUCACUACAACGUGGUGUACGACAGCAGUGUCCUCAAACCAGACCACAUGCAGAGACUCACCUACAAACUCUGCCACAUGUAUUACAACUGGCAGGUGUUGAGAGCUCAGUGGAGGAUACGUUUGGCUCGGAUCAGGAGGAUCCUUAGGCUCUUGCCGGAGUUUCUGCACAUGUGGUAAGUGCAGGAGUCAACACCUGUUUCAGUGUUUAUUUACAGUCACAGCGUUUAACCUCACGCUUCCUACCUCGCCAGGCAGAUCAUGUCCGAGGUCAAGGCACUCACUCAGAUCACAGAUGCGUUAAAGUAACGUCUGAACUUAUUCACUCUUAUUCGCUGUC